AGCUUCGGUAGCAGAAGUUUCCCUUCCAUGAUCCGUGGCGGUGACUCUUCUUCUUCGUAGCAUUUCCCCACACGUUUUCCUCGCCGAACGGCGAUCAGAGCUCGCCGCCGAUCGAUUUGGCGUCGUAGCAGUUUCAUAGUGACGUUGGACUCUGAAAACGGCGCGUUUUGAGAUUUGGCUUUUCGCGUGCGUUGUCGAAGAGAGAGAAACCAAAAAAUGAAUGGGAUUGGUAACGACGGAGGAGGAGGAUUGAGCAACGUGGAGAUGGAGUACAUAAGAAGACACCACAGGCACGAGCCUGGUGAGAAUCAGUGUGGCUCUGCGCUCGUUAAGCAUAUAAGAGCACCGGUUCCUCAGGUAUGGUCCUUGGUGAGGAGGUUUGAUCAGCCACAGAAGUACAAGCCAUUUGUAAGUAGAUGUGUUGUAAGGGGAAACCUUGAGAUCGGAAGUCUGAGAGAAGUUGAUGUUAAAUCAGGGCUUCCUGCCACUACAAGUACAGAAAGAUUGGAGCUCCUUGAUGACAAUGAGCAUCUUCUCAGCAUCAGGAUUAUCGGUGGUGACCAUAGACUUAGGAACUACUCAUCUAUCAUGUCCCUCCACCCAGAAAUUAUUGAUGGAAGGCCAGGUACACUGGUAAUUGAAUCUUUUGUGGUGGAUGUACCUGAGGGCAACACCAAAGAUGAAACCUGCUACUUCGUUGAGGCCUUAAUUAAGUGCAAUCUCAAAUCACUCGCCGAUGUCUCAGAAGGGAUUGCUGUGCAGGAUCGCACUGAACCAAUUGAUCGGAUCUAGGAGAUUAUAUUUGGAAGUUGCUGAGAACUUGGCUGCCAUGGAUGAAGCUUCAGGGGCUUUCCUUUCUCGGAGGCUUUAGGAGACAGACUGGCAAUUAUGCUGUUGCUGCUUCCAUUAUUAGUAUAGAGUUGCAGUGUUUUUCAUUCCACUUGCUCUAUUGAUUAUCCUUGUGAUAUAUAUGCUGUUUACUCUCUUUAGCAGUUAAAGAACAAUAUUUGAGACAGGUGACUGAAUCCAAUACUUUAACAACUGAAGGACCAGGUGCCUCUUGGAGAUGUUCAUGGUUUUUGUUUUGCGGUAUGUUCUUUUUUGUAUAUAGGUGGCGGUGGUGGUGAAACUUAGUCUGUAAAAUUAUUUUGAUUGGAAAGCUGUAGUUUCUAAUUGCAGUAAAAAUUGAAACUUCUAGUGGGGAUUACUUAAUUCUUAUCACGGAGUUCUAGUUGCUUUGGUUCUUUCUUUGUUCCUUUUCCCUUUGGUACAUACUUCGGUUUCUUCCCCUUUUCUCUGUUUUGAAGGAAAUGACAUACAACCUAGUGGAGACCUGUAGAAGCUCAUACGGAACCCAAGAGAAAGGGAAUAAAAGAGGGAUAGAAAGAAGUCUCAAGUUUAAACUUGUACUCUCGUAUUGCAAAGUAUGACACUAUUCCGAAGAUGUUUCAAUCGGGAGGGAUAGAAAGAAUAAGUCUCAAGUUUAAACUUGUACUAUCUUAUUGCAAAGUAUGAACUAUUCCUAAAUGUUUCAAUCGGACUACGA